AUGGAACACGCGGACGCAGUUCACUCGUACCUCUGUCCGAAGGAAAACACUGUGAUCGUCCUUCCUGAAGAUGAGAUCACGCAUGUUGGGACGUCAAGUAUGGGGACGAAAUCCAUGAAGCCUGCGCGGGGGGUUGUGCUGGCGGUUGGCACGACGAAGGCGUCGGGGGAUGGGAAACAGCAUGCGAAGGACGUGAGGCUGGGGGAUUUGGUGAUUUAUCCCAAGGGGAAGGAGGUGAAGGUUGAUAGGGAUGAGUAUUUGCUUCUUGAUCGGGAUGAGAUUAUCGCUGUCGCAGAUUGA